AUGAUUACGACACCAGAAAGUACCUCUAUCAGGGCUGAAGAAGAUGGGCAGCAACAGAGCACGAUUACCAAUGUGGAGGAACAAGGCACUUCUAGCUCGGGAUGGGACAUAUACGGCAGGGUUGGCAAUACUGCAGCCACUUCCAGCUUGUUUGUGGGAGCUGGUACUGCUAACAUUGGCUUGGACGACGACAAUAUUGACUCGGCACAUCUGCCCACUGUGCAACAAACGUCCAGAACUAUUGGGAGUGGGCGGACUGGCACCGGCGUCGAGGAAAAUAUCGUGGUUGCUCUUCUGCCUGAGAAAGAGGGCCUAUUCAUGUUCCAACACCACAACUACGAGGUGAUAAGCACGCGGAGAGGUAGCAAAGUCAUCCGAAGCGCCGAACAGCUUGUUGUCAUGUUUCUGACGGUUCCAACGGAACUUUCUGUCUGGCGCAAACAGGCAACAAUCUCUGUGCAAGACGAGUUUGAUAGUCGUCCUCUGCUGCCUGGACUGGAGGAAUCACUAUCACUGCAGCUUGAAACCCUCUUUGUCCAAACUCGCGCCGGCGUUCGACGUUCUACAGAUCUUUACGUGACUGUAUGCAAUAUCAUGGACCGAUUGGUAAAGCGCAGUGAGGGUGUUGCCAAUGACCAUGCGCGCCUAGCAGUAUCACUUCAGUCGAUUACGGAAGCGAACUUGGAUACAUACGCAACCGACACCAACGAUGUUCCGCUCCUGAACGACGGGCUUAUAGCAAUGGGCAAGCGCCUACGUACUGGACAGUCCCUGAUGGAAGAUGAGGCGAAGGCAUGGGACGAAGGUGUUCUGGAAGACUUAAAGAGGCAGCGGGACGCUCUGGUGAGCUUGCGGGAUCUCUUCGACAGAAGGGACCGCCUGGACCGAGACAACAUUCCUUAUCUUGAACGAAGAAUUCAGAGCAACGAAACAAAACGGGCUUCUUUACUUUCAAAAGAUUCAGAGCAGGUAAAGUCUGGCGAUGUUGAAAAGCUCAAUGAUAGUAUUACCAAGGAUAAAGAAGCAAUUGUUAAGCAACACAACCGAUCCGUUCUUGUUAAGGAAUGUAUUCGCGACGAGCUGGUAUAUUUCCAGAGCACUCAAUAUCAUGUUUCCCGCUGGAACCAGGACUGGGCACAAGAACGGGUAAAGUAUUCCGAGAUGCUGGCAGACAAUUGGCGUCGCUUGCUGGACGAAUUGGAUGGCAUGCCGCUUGGAGAUUAG